AUGAGCCUCAGACUCGUCGCGCUCGCGGCGCUGCUCUCGCAGGCGGCCGCCGCGGUGAUUGGGAUCGACUUUGGCGCGCGCUUCGUCAAGGUCGGCAUCAUCCAGCCGGGCAAGGGCAUCGACCUUGUGCUCAACGAGGCGCCGCCACGCCGCCACGCCCGAGCCGAGACGCGGCCCCACGAGAUGGAUCCUCGUUCGGACUCUGGCCCACCGCGCCGCACGCGAGCGGCCGCACAGCUGGCCGCGGCCUCGUCCUCGCUCCGCUCACCUCCGGCGCGCCCUGGUGCCGCGCAGGCCUCCAAGCGCAAGUCGUCGACUGCCGCCGGCUUCAACUCGGCAGAUGAGCGUGUGUACGCGGACGAGUCCUUCAACCUGCUGGGCAAGCUGCCGCAGAAGCAGUUUGUCUACUCAAAGAUCAUGCUGGGCAAGGCGCCGCUCCGCCGCUGGCCCAACGUGUCGCACCCCGACAUCCUCUCGUUCGGCGAGCUCGGCUACCCGUACGAGUUCGUGACCGACCCCGACAUUAGCUACCGCGCCGAGGAGGCGGUCGCCUUCGUCCUCUCGUACGUCAAGCAGAUCGCCGAGAAGGAGGCGGGCUCCUCCGUCAAGGAGGGGGCGGUCCUCGACAUCCUCGCCCAGGAGUUCACCAAGCAGUACCCGUCCGUCUCGCCGCCUAUCACAAAGUCGGCGCGCGCGAUGGGCAAGCUGCGCAAGGAGGCCGAGCGAGUCAAGGAGGUCCUCUCCGCCAACAAGGAGUUCAAGGUUGCCAUCGAGGCGGUCCACGACGACCGCGACCUCCGCCUCGUCAUCUCGCGCGCAGACAUGGAGGCGCGCUGCGAGGGCCUCUUCCCGCGCCUGCUGCCGGCGCUGCAGUCCGUCCUCGACCAGGCAAACAUGACCAAGGAGGACGUGCACAAGAUCGAGCUCAUCGGCGGCGCGACGCGCGUCGCCCGCGCCUCGAUCAACGCCGACGAGGCGGGCGCGCUCGGCGCGACGCUGUACGCCGCAAAGCUCUCCACCUCCUUCCGGCUGCGCGACUUCAACAUCGUGGACGCCUUUCCGCACGCGAUCAACGUCAAGCUGGGCGUGGACGGCGACAAGGAGGCCGAGGCUGACAAGGAGGACAAGGGGGACGAGGAGGAGGGCGAUGGCAAGAAGAAGAGCAAGGACAAGGUGCUCUUCAAGGCGAACACAAAGUUCCCGCACAAGAAGCUCAUCACCAUGUCGCGCACCGAGGACCUGCAGAUCCUGCUUUCGUACGGCGCCACCGGCGCGCCCAUCUCCUCCUUCAACGUCUCCGGCGUCGGCGCCGCGCUCAAGCGGCUCACCAACGAGAAGCGGACGCCGAUCGGGAAGCCAAAGGCGCACGCCGCCCUCAGAGGUUUAGGCAGGGAGGGAGGGAAACCCCUGCCCGUGAGUGUCACGUUUGGCCUCUCGCCGUCCGGGCUGCUGCACGUCGCCAAGUCGGAGGUCGCGCUCGAGAUGCAGGAGCGGUACGACGACUACGACGAGGUGCCGCUGACUGAGGAGGAGGUCGCCGAGGCGAUCGCCAACGAGACGGCGGCGGCGGCGGCGGCGGCGGAGGCGGCGGCGGCCGCCAAGGCGGAGGCGGGCGAGGCGGCGGCGGGCGAGGGCGAGAAGGAGGAGGCCAAGGAGGAGGCCAAGGAGGAUGAGACGCUGGAGGCCGGGGAUGAGCCGGAGGAGGACGUGAACGGGACCGCGGCCGGCAAGAACGCGACGGCGAAGAAUGCGACGCGCACAAAGAUGGUGAAGGUGGAGAAGGAGCGGAAGCGGGUGCACUACGCGACGUUGAAGGCGGAGGAGGCGACGCUCUCGCCGGUGCUGCCGCUCAACGCUUCGCAGGUUGGCGACUGCGUCGCGCGCAACCUCGAGCUGCUCAAGGCGGAGGGGAUCCGGAAGGCCAACGCGGCGGCCAAGAACGACGUCGAGUCGUACGUCAUCAACACGCGCGACCAGCUCUCGUCGGACGAGGCGUACAGCGCCGUCUCGACCGAGGACGAGCGCGCGUCCAUCUCGGCCGAGUUCGAAAAGGCGGAGGACUGGCUGUACGAGGAGGGGCGCGACCUCGCGGCCAAGGAGUACAAGGAGAAGCUCAAGGACCUGCAGAAGAUGGUCUCGCCGAUCGCACUGCGCGCCACGGAGCUCGAGGCGAGGCCCAAAGUCGUGACGCAGGCGCGCACGGGACGCCUUCAGCCCCGCGGGGCGCGCCGCCUCCCGCCCCCUCCCACGACCGCGUGCCGCGUGUGUGCGCUCGGUCAGGCGCACGAGGCGGUCAAUUGGACCACCAACAUCCUGCAGACCUGGGCGACGGAGCGGCCCGAGGUGACCGAGGCGGAGCGCGAGAAGGUGGCGGGCAUGUGCGCCAACUUCACGACCUGGCUCGCCGAGCAGGAGGAGAAGCAGGCCGCGCUGCAGCCGCACGAGCCGCCCGCCUUCCUCUCGAGCGACGUGUCCGCCAAGCUCGAGCCGAUCGAGCGCGAGGUGCGGAGGCUGAUCAAGAAGCCGAAGCCGAAGCCGCCGAAGGUGAAAAAGGCGGCCAACGCGACCGCCGCCAACGGCACCGCCGCCAACAGCACCGCCGCAGACUCAGACGCCGCCGGCGCGGCCGGCGCGGGCGAGGGCGAGGGUGAUGCCGCGGCAGGCGAGAGCGAGCCGGCGGCCGGCGAGAGCGCGGAGGGUGAGGCGAAGGAGGAGCUGUGA